UUCAUUUUUGUGAAGUGGCUCACAUACUGAUGUUCAAGUGGGUCGUGUAAGAUUGCAAACUUUCAAAAGCAUCUUGAAACAGGUGUUAACUCGCGCUUAGGAAGUAACUCUCUGUCGUCAAGCACAUAUCUCGGUGUGAAAGGACGGAGGAGGACACAACUAAGGAGGCUGAACUGGCGCGCGAAGCUUCGGGCGAACCGUCGACGGGCGAUGCCACGGCAAGCGACGGCGUGCCCGAUGGCUCAUCGCGAGCGUGUGCCUCGCGCUGGUCCCCGUCUCGGCUGGUGGGCGAGGCGAGCGCCAUCUGGAGCAACAUGGCUCGCUUCCGACCCGCCUUUCUGGGCGGCCGGGACGACAACCUGCCCGACCACCUGGGGCCCGUCAAGCAGCUGUUUUGCCGCACGGGACACAACCUGGCCGUCUUCCCCGCCGGCACGGUGUACGGAACGCGGGAGGCGUACAACCGAUACGCUGCGGAAGGCGUUGAACUAGAGGAACGGCUCGAAGACGGCGAUGUCGAAGAGGACACGGAGCGCCUCGGUUUUGUCCAGGGCACACAAGAGAACUUCGCCAAAAACGCAAUCCUGGAGCUUCUUUCGCACGACAUUGGCCAAGUGCGAAUCCGUGGCGUCGAGACGGGACUGUUCGUCUGCAUGGACGCCGAAGGCAGAGUAUACGCCAAGAAGAACCGUAUGGACGAAGAGGGCAUCUUCUACGAGAUGUACGAGGGCGGCUACAACCUCUACCUGAGCAAGCUGAACAAGGACAAAGGCUGGUACCUGGGCAUCAAGAAGUCGGGCGUGCCCAAACCGGGACCACGGACGGCGCGCGGACAGAAGGCCGUCCAGUUCCUUCCCAGGGCAGCCAAGCCACGCUCCUAGUCCUUCCACUCCCGCAACCGUGGUGUUUCAACGACCGCUUGAGGUGCCCACAUCCCAAUGUCGAAUACCCCACCAAGAAAUUGAGAACAAGACAUAGCCUGGCACCAGCCACGCUGCUGCACGUGGAUCGAUGAGCGCAUGCGUGUGACACGUAGGUCAGUCGGAGUCGAAUGUGAUGAUGUGGGAUUCCGCGCGCGGGUGAAAUCGAACGCAAAAGAGGUGUCAGAGAUCGGUAGCAGUCACGGUUCACCGAGCUCAGAGGCUCUUACAGAAUGGACCAAGAAUGUGAACAGGCUACGUCAUUUAUUAUAUAGAGCACCAGAGAUUGGGUAAAACUUUGCCCCUUUAACUUUUAGACCAGCUGAAGCUGAAGACAAGAUAUGGUAGAAAGUUAGGUUGAAUGGCGACUGUGGAAUGAAUAGACAAAUAUUCUCGAUUGGCUGAUUGCAAGAAAUUACCUUCAAACAUCGUCAGUGAAGUUUUAGUGACUGCCUUUUUUUUUGCAGUUUCUCCCGUUUA